AUGACGAUGGCGACGGUGCGGCGCCGUGCGGUGUGGGCCCUGGCGGUCCUUGCGCUGCUGUGCGGCAGCUGCUGCCUCGUGUGCGGGGCGGCGGCGUCAUCGAAUGUUUAUUCGGUGGAGGUGUCGUAUCCGAAGACUGUAGGAAAAGUACGGUGGCGUUUUUCUGACGAGAAUAAUUCUGAUUGGAAGGACUGUUCGCCGUUGUUGUCGCAUAAUAAUAUGCUUGUGGUUGAGGAAGCAAGUGAAGGCAACAUUGACGGUAAAUUCAUGUGUUAUCUUUUCAAAUCAGGGUGCUUCUUCAUCUCAAAUAGGACAUCCCUUCCAACCUCAGUCCGGGAUAACAGUAAUGAUGUUGUGUUCACGAUGAAAUGUACGUCGCGUUACGGUUGUGAAGCCCCCUUGCCGUUGAAAUGCGAAGCCGUUACCCCCAAUGGAACUGAUUUCGAACGUCUUGACUCUUCAGGCGAGUGGGAGUUACACGUCCCCGAUCAAAACGCAGUUGGACCAACGUCUGGGGUCCCGCCUUCCGGAGAGCAGUCGUCAUCACAAGCAGCACCAACACCGGCAGUAGCAGCAGCAGCGCCAUCUUCGGCGGGAAAUCCGCAGGUCGGCAGUUCGGCAAGCAGCGGUGCGAGUAAUGAGGUCUCUGCUGCUCAUGCUGCUGGGCAGCCAGGCGGUACGGGCUCCACCGAACUUCAGGGAACAUUAACACCACCGACUGGCACUGCGGAUUCAAAAGAAGCAGCAGACGGUGGGGCACAAUCAUCUUCAGCCUCCGCACAGCCAUCCGGCACGCCCACUUCCAACACUCCCGGCGGCGGCGAUGGUGGAGGCGCCACUACAAGCACGACCGCCAGCAGCCCCAGUGGUGGGAACCACACGAAAGACAAUGCGGACGGCAGCGACACGUCCACUGUGUGGGUGCGUGCCACGCCGCUGCUUCUGCUGCUGCUGACGGCUGCCGUUGCCUGCACUGCUGGGGAGUGA